UUUGCGACUCUGAUCCGAUUUUCUCUAGCGCAAACACCUCCGUCUUCCGGUUUUCGAGCAUCCUGAGCCAUGGACCGCAAGGUGUUGCUCCCCCUGUUUUUGCUGCUGGCGGCGGGCGAGAACCUGGACGCCUCGCUGUCAAAGGACGACCAGUGCGAUGCCACUGGCGAUUGCGCCCUUCAGGCGCUGCAGACCAAAGGCCUCUCCACCGAGGAUGGGGCAGGGUGUCCCGCUGGCCUGGGCCGCAGCGUCGGCGGCACGCCGUGCCGGCCUUGCCCGGAGGGCACCUAUAGCGAGGAAGGCUCGGCGGUGUGCACGCGGUGCACUGCGGGCACCUGGAACGACCGCCGGGGCGCGGGGAAGAAGUCCCUCUGCGAGCCUUGCCCAGUAGGCACCUGGAGCAGCCAGGAGGGCGCCAUCUCCCUGCUUGCCUGCAUGGAGUGCCCAAAGGGGACCUUCAGCAACCGCACGGCCCUGGGCUCCCAGAGUUUGUGCGACCGCUGCCCCGGGGGCACUUGGAGCGACGUGGCCGGGGCCUCCUCGGAGAGCGUUUGCCAGAAGUGCACUGCGGGUAAGUGGAGUCCCCAAGUGGGCGCCGACCGGGAGUCGGUCUGCGUGCAGUGUCCCAUGGGCCGCUUCAACGUCGAGGAGGGCGCGGCGGAGCCCACGAAGUGCAAGGCCUGCAAGGCUGGCACCUGGAGCGCCCAGGAGGGCGCCAACACCACCGAUGUGUGCACGCCCUGCUCGGCCGGCAGGUGGAGUCCAGCCACAGGCGCCACGACGGAGGCGACCUGCGCGGAGUGCUCCCAAGGCACCUGGAACGAUGCGAAGGGCUCCUCCACGGUGCGGUCCUGCAAGAAGUGCGGGCCGGGCACCUACAGCGAGGACAUUGCCGCCACCAACGCAAACGUGUGCCUUCCCUGCCCGGAAGGCACCUACCAGCCCAUCCUGGCGGCGGGGAACCGCACUUUGUGCAUCCCCUGCGCCGUGGGGAAUUACAGCAAGAGCGUGGGUGUGGCGAUGUGCAAGCGCUGCCCUUUCGGUAGCUACGGGAACUCCUUCGGGCUGACCAGCUGCGUGAAGUGCCCCAAGGGCACCUGGACCCGCGCGCAGGGCUCCAUCCGCGCGGACCAGUGCUCCUCCUGGGUGAAGCCCCAGGCAGGGCAGAUGGAGGAGGAAAAAGAUGCGGAGCCUGAGGAGGACAUCAAGGAGGAGUUUGGAGGAUUGACUGGCCAGUGAGGCAGGGUCGAUGGAGCACAUCGAGCCUCAGAAAGCGGCUGGUUUUGUUUGCGACCAAUUUGACUCGCCCCAUGGUGAAGAUUGCUGCUGUAGAUCUUCGGGGUGUAUUUCUUGUUGCAGGUUGGUGAC